CGCCCGCUGCCUGCGCCCAACAGCCACUCCACUGUGCGUCCGCGACAGCAACCAGUGUCCGUGUCCCGCAGUGACCGCCCGACGACUCCUCCACGAGACUGCCGACCACUCGCGUCGCGUCGAGAGAUGAGACUGAUCCUGUGCCCGUUUUGCGCAAAGUUGGGGACUCGAAACGUACCCGACAUGCGGGCCUGGGGUCUGCUGUUGCUGCUGCUACUGCUGCUGCUGCGAUCUGCGGCGACAGCGCCGGACGUCUCAGACAACGAGGCGGAGAGCUACAGCCUGGGCGCCGUCAGAGGGGGCUGUGACUGCAUGGAGUACUGGAACUGCGUCAUGAGCGGCGGGACGCCGUACAGCUACUGCGGCCUGGCGGACUCCAACGUGUGCUGCCUGGUGCCCGAGGGUGCCAAGCCCGUGUCCAGCCUGGUGCCCAGCCCCAGCAAGCCGCGCUGCGGCCAGAAGGGCGCAGACUCGGGGCGCGCGGGCGUCGCGGAGCCCGCCGAGUGGCCGUGGCACGCAGCCAUCCUCGAGAAACCGGAUGACCUCUACGUUUGCGGUGCAUCGUUACUCGACGAGAGCUGGGUCCUCACAGCGGCUCACUGCAUCGAGGAAUUCGUGCAGCGCGGGGCCGUGUCGCGGCUGAAGGUGCGCCUCGGGGAGUUCGACGUGACGGACGGCGGCGAGCCGCUGCGCCACGAGGAGCACGAGGUGGCGGGCGCGGCGCUGUACCCGGGCUUCGACAACCGCAGCCUGGCGCACGACAUCGCGCUGCUGCGGCUGCGCGCGCCCGCCCGCCGCCGCCCGCACAUCGACGUCGUCUGCGUGCCGCGCCUGCGCGCCGCACAUCCGCCGCCCGGCGCCGCCUGCGUCAUCACCGGCUGGGGCCGCCGCACAGAGGACUCCGACCACUCGGUGGUGCUGAAGGAGAUCUCCGUGCCGCUGUGGAAGAACGCGGACUGCGAGAGAAUGCUGCGGCGGCACUUCGGGCCGCGAUACUCGCUGCCAGACACCGCCAUCUGCGCCGGCGCCGAGGGCCGCGACGCCUGCGACGGUGACGGCGGCGGACCUCUGGUUUGCGAGCAGAACGGCCGCUGGUACCAGGUAGGCGUCAUCAGCUUCGGCGUGGGCUGCGGGCGCCGCAACACGCCGGGGGUGUACACGCGCGUCGCCAUGUACGAGCAGUGGAUCAUGGAUACCGUGCUGCGGCACCGACACUCCGGCCGGCAGUGACGGCGGGCGGCGCGGGGGCGGAGGCGCCCUCUGCCGCGGUGACCGGCGGUCGCCAGGGGGCAACGGGCCUCCGGGAUCCGAACUGCUGACACUGUCUCAAUCGGCUGUUCGUCUCGCAAAACGAGAAGCGCCGUCCCUGAAAAUAACGGCGUCCAGAGGGAAAUAACGUGCCCGCAUGGCUCCUCAGCAGUGGCGUUAUCUCUCUCGCCUGGUUUCGACCUUGUGAUACUGUGAUGAGUUGUGUUUUAUUUAUCUGCUGAACCGCAACUUCCACGAACACUUAGAUAACGAUAAAAAUAGAUCCAUACGUGAGUAUUAUAUUACAAACCUCUAACGACGAGUGAGUGUUAAUAGAUCGUGACGCGGCCUUACAAUAAUGGUGCAGAACAACUUCUAAUGGAUCCUAGUGUUGUUUUGUAGCCUAUAAAUUGAUUUUAUAAUGUGCACAAUUGGUUGCUAGUCGUAUAAUAAGUAUAAGCAAAUACCCAUUCGUGCAAACAAAUUCUCUGUAAGUGUAAAGUGUUAUGUUGUAAUUUGUUUAGAAGUCCUGUAGAGACACACACUUUUCAAAUUUACUGCCCGAUACUUCGCUGUAACUGUAGGUAAACAUAGUAAUCAUUUCUUUGUUUAAUUGACGUACUCCGUCGCCGUCGACUGUUUUGCAGUUUUUUUUCCGGUUUGAACCAAACUACCAGCACGAUAUUCAUGUUACAAUUUUCACUCAUAAGUACAUGUAAACGUUUGUUGUAGAAUUAGAUGGUAUUUUGUUUACAGCUUCCACAGACACGUCGAAAAUACUUCCAUACAUUUUUCAACGAUUACUGUUCGUGCUUUGAAAACUAAAGCGUAGCAGAGUGAAAUGCUAAAUACUUUGUCGAUCAACUUUCGCGUCUUCUGUGGACAGUGUUGAAGGAAGAUAAAAAAGUAUUGGAUUAGACCUUUUUAAACCUUUUUUUCUAAACGAUUAAUUCAUAAACAGUAUUCGGAAAACAGUCGUUAAACAGUUUGUAGUUAAUUAUAGCUUCCAAAGCGUAAUAUUAAGAAGAGAGUCUUCGUUAGUAAAAUUAUAGUAAUAAAUUGCGUCAGUUCCAACUAGCUAAAGACAAAAAGUCGAAUGAAAGCCUCUGUAGCCACUGAAAAGAAGUAACGUAAAUUUCACAAUAUUUUUUAUGACUUUCCUUACGAAAAACUAAUGCAAAUAUGGUGCAAGAAAAUUCCGUUAGCAAACUAAAAAUAAAGAUAGUCAUUCGUAAGGAAUUCGUAUUCUUGGUCAGCCACUUGUGCAAAUUCAAAUAGAUUUAAGUUUUUGAAAAGUAGAACAUUACAGUUAACCGCUAACAUCUACCAUGUAAUGCAGAACACAACUUUCGAGGAAUAGAUCAGUGAAAUUGACAUUUUUCAAAUUAUUCCAAGCCAUUCUUAGCGAUGUCUUUUCUUCACUAUAAGACGUGAGUGGAUCCGGAUGUACUUCAUUCAUCCUUCUAAUUUAUGGUAACGAAUAAAAUUCACGUAGGUUAAUAAAGAUUCCUCUAACGGGCGCAACGACUGGAGUUUUCCUUUUCUUAAUUAUUAUCAGUAUUUGUAAUUACAUGUAGUUAGAACUAUCAAAAUUUUUGACCUCUUAGAUCUCCAUUUCAUUAGUUUUCUCCUGUUACAUUAUAAGUUGAUAGCUCUCUGGGAGAGAACCGAUAAAUGUUUUCUUAUCGAAAAACUUUAUUUCAUUCUAAGCAGUCUGACGUGCAUUCAUUACGUUAUUAUAGAUUUAUAGAAUGCUAAAUGUUAAAUAUUGUCUUCCUGAUUAAGCAUCUAAGAAUCCUAUUUUUAAUAAGAAGUUUUUAUUUAAAUAGUAAUGUUGAGAAUCACAGAACACAAUAGGAUUCUCAAGGUCUAUAUGUGAACAAUUUUGUAUCGCAAAAUAUACCGUGCAUUAUAACGGUACGUUCAAUUGUUUACAACUCAAAACUUUCCAGCAGUAUAGUUAUGGUCUCUGAAAGUACUUCUGAAGUUGCUGACCGAUACAAGAAAGCCACGAUAUUGGUAGCUCAUUACGUUGGUUCCUAUUUUUCUCCACUGUUAUCCCACGAGUAUCAGAUCCGUUAGUAUCCUCCACACUUACACAUACAGUAAAUUGAUUUUGUUGAUUUUCGUCUGUGAAUCUUGCUAUCUUGCAUGUGUUGUUUCAGUAAUAUUCUUAUCCAUUCAUUUCGAUUUUUCGUGGAAAGCUGCUCAGAUUCGCCCACCUAAAUGUUGUUUAUGAUUUUCAAGUCGAAGAAAUAGUGAGUAUGGUAGUUUUUUAUACCCCUCUGGCGACAAAUAGUGUAGAUUUUUAAAAGGAAUAAAUUAUUUACAAUUUUUGGUGUGCUUAUGAAGAAAUGCUAAAGCCUAAGUGAAUCCCGUUGUUGCAGUAUCAAUGACGUAAAUAAACUCCUCUCUUCUGGCACUAGACACUGUUUGUCACCGUGUAUCGGUGCAAAUGUUGAAAUAGGAUUGCGGCAGAUGAUAAUUUAAUAGUUUAUUACGACAAAUGCUAAAUGAGUCUUAAAACUGUAGGAUUCUACUUUAAUUUAUAUGAAAUGUGUUAUUUGUAAAAGUAAAUGUACAGAA